AAGAAACAGUGUGGUGCGUCGGUACUGAUGUUCAAGGGCAACAACCUCACCUCCAGGAUUUUCGAGGGCCAAAUUCGCACGCCCCCUCCCGGCACCAGUGUUUAUUGUACUAGGCAAUUCUAUGAAAAUUUAGUCCCAAGUUGUACCAUAUAUGAUAUUGAAUGUCCAGAUCUUUCGUUCCGCAAGUUCACCGAUGAUGGUCAGUACCUCAUAAGUUUCAGCAGGAAUCAUCAAGAUCUGAUUGUCUAUCGACCAACAUGGUUGUCGUUUUCAUGCAACGAAGAAGAUUGUGAUUCUUGUGAUCUACCCUCAAAAGCAAAGAGAUUUGAGAGCUUCUUCACUCAAUUGUACUGUGUGUCACUCGCAUCUAGUAAUGAGCUUAUCUGCAAAGACUUCUUUCUGUAUGUGGAGAGUAAUAAGUUUGGAUUGUUUGCAACUUCCACUGCACAAGUUCAUGAUGCACCUGCUAUUGGAGGAGCUAUUCAGGGAAUUCCAUCUAUAGAAAAGAUAACUUUUCACCUUGUGAGAAUGGAAGAUGGGGUCAUACUGGAUGAGAAGGUAUUCUGCAAUGAUUUUGUGAAUUUGGCCCAUAGCAUGGGCGUUUUCUUAUAUGAUGAUCUACUGGCUAUUGUGUCCCUUCGGUAUCAAACUGUACAUAUUCUCCAAAUCCGGGAUUCCGGGAACUUUGUAGAUGUGCGAGCUAUUGGGACAUUUUGCCGAGAAGAUGAUGAACUUUUUCUUAAUUCCCAUGCUCAGGCAAGUAAAUCACUUGGUGAUAUAUUUUCAAUAGCUUGAUAGAGUGUGCUCAAUCUCAAAAUACAUUGCUCUAACCUGAAUGGUCAAAUUCAUUGUUUUUCCUCUCCCCCCUGACUCUGUCCUCAUUUAUAUCAUGGAUUUAUGAUCUCAUUGCCUAGCUGUGAUACUGUUUAUAAGUGAGGUUGAGUGUUUUUCUCAGGCCAG